GCGUUGUUGAAGCGCGUUUCGCACCUCCGCUUCUCAUUCACGCCGUUUACCCGGUCGGUUAACCAUCCUUCACCUUCUUCGUCCCGGCAUUUUUAUUUAUCUAUAAUUCAUUUUAAGAAUUCAUCUUUUGGCAUCACACGGACAUCUCCAGUGUAAUGCUGCGGGGAGAAAAGACAUCUUCACGACGUAAACAAAGAUUGCUAUCAAACUGCCGACGUCACUCUUGGGAUUGUUAUCCAGCUGACGUCAUCCUCCAGAUUUUAAAGGGCUGUUAUAAAUCUUAUGAAUAGAGUUAACAGAUCUAAUCCCAUAAUCUCAUUGUGGAUUCAACGUUCACCACGUCCACACAGAGAAGCAUGAGCUCACACAAGAGACCUGUCCGGGCUCGGCCCGAUUCAGACAACAAUUUCUCCGUGGCCCAUGACCUGAACGCACCAGGUGUGGAAGAGGGCCCCGGGCUCCUGACCAAGCUGAUGGAGCUCCCCGUAGCUCGUCUGUCCCGGCAGCAGCUCAAAAGGCUGGAGGAGCAUCGGUACAGCAGUGCGGGACAGUCCCUCCUGGAGCCCUUCAUGCAGAGGUUCUGGUGCUGGCUUGUGAGCAAAGUGCCUCUCUGGGUGGCACCGAACCUCAUCACCAUGGUGGGACUCGCUACUAAUAUUAUCAGUACUCUGAUGCUGGUAUACUACUGCCCUACUGCCACCGAACAGGCACCGACGUGGACAUACUUAGCCUGUGCUUUGGGUCUGUUCAUUUAUCAAUCAUUGGAUGCCAUAGAUGGAAAGCAGGCACGACGGACCAACAGCAGCACACCACUUGGAGAGCUCUUUGACCAUGGCUGUGACUCUCUCUCUACAGUGUUUGUGGUCCUGGGCACCUGUAUAGCAGUGCAGCUGGGCACUCACCCUGACUGGAUGUUUUUCUGUUGUUUUGUGGGCAUCUUCAUGUUUUAUUGUGCUCACUGGCAGACGUAUGUUUCUGGAACGAUGCGCUUUGGCAUAAUUGAUGUGACUGAGGUUCAAAUCUACAUUAUAAUCAUUUACUUACUGGCUGCCAUUGGAGGAACGGCUUUUUGGCAAUCUGUGAUCCCUGUGAUAAAUAUCCAGGUUAAAAAAAUACCCGGCCUUUUGACUCUUCUGGGUGCCAUUUUCUCCUGCACAAACUAUUUCCGGGUUAUAUUUACAGGCGGAAUGGGCAAAAAUGGAUCUACUAUCGCGGGGACAAGCGUUUUGUCUCCAUCCUUCCAUAUAGGAGUGGUAAUCACACUUGCUCUAAUGAUCUAUAAGAAGUCAUCAGUGCAGCUAUUCGAGAGACAUCCCUGUCUCUACAUCUUAGCGUUUGGUUGUGUCUCAGCCAAACUCACCAACAGACUGGUGGUUGCUCAUAUGACAAAGAGUGAAAUGCAUUGUAACGACCUGGCCUUCACCGGACCAGCUCUGCUGUUCCUGAACCAGUACUUCAACAGUUUCAUCAAUGAGUACUGUCUUCUAUGGGUCGCUCUGGUGCUGUCAGCGUUUGAUCUGGUGCGGUACUGUGUGAGUGUCUGUAACCAGAUCGCCACACACUUAAACAUCUGUGUGUUCAGCAUCCAGCCUCCGUCUCCAUCCAGAGUUCAGGCAGACAGCAGAAAUCACCACUAACCUAACAAACACCUCCAGUAGGUCACGCACUUCAGAGAAUGUAAAACACAGCUCACAGAGACCAAAUGGUUGAAGUUAUGAACUUCUCAUAAUGAAGAGCGAGCAUAUUUGAAGGACGAAAGGGAAUAUUAAAUAGAAUAUGCAUCCUACGGUUUGAAUUCAGGCAUUCAGUUGUCAGUAUUUUGUUGUUACAUGACCAGUUUUGUUUGCCAUAGUUAGAUGAUUUGCCACAGAGGUCACAACUAUGAAUGUUGAAAAAAAUUAUUUUACAGUUUAAAUGUUUUUGUUUCAUUUUGUUUUUUUUUGCACCUAGUGUUUUGCCCAGCAGUGUAGAAUCCUUUCCAUUAACAGACAACAAUCCAUCUGAAUGUCGUUUCGUAAUUCUAGAACGCUAUAGGCGUUAACUGGAAACAAAAUGAAAUGUCAAGAUUUAAACUUAAACGCCAGUGUCACUGUUGCCAGUACAAAGCUGUGCUGUUGUCUGAGAGGAGCAGAGAGCAUUCGGAGAGAGGUAAGAGAUAACAUCAGACCUUAUGACAAGAAAACAGGCCCAAGAGUUUUUUUCCAUCAAUGUUUCAGAAAUUCAAGAAUUUAAAUUCAGCCUCUCCUCUGAUGUCAUUCAGUAAACUAAUCUAUACAGUAUGAAUCUUUUUUUCUUUCUAUGCAUUUGUUACUUUGUGUUUGUAGUGUUUUGAUUAUUAUUAUUAUUAUUAUUUAGGCAUGCCAAUGUCACUAAAUGAUAAAAACUGUAUUAUAAACAGUAUUUAGAUGGUGCUGUAUUUUCCUAAUAAUAACUGGGGCUAAGAUAGGCAUCUAGAGUGGUUAUAAGUGAGUACACUGUACACAUAUGAACCCUUAAUAACAGACAUUAAAACCUAAAAAUCAGUGUUUAUGGUCUAAAUAGUUAGUUGAUGUGAACUCGUGCUAAUUUAUUUUUGUGCCUUGUCGGUUUACUCCUCUAUGCACAGUAUAAGUUGGACUCAGCGAUUUUGAUAUUUUUUUUAACCUCUUGUGUAAAUCAUAUUUUGUUUCUAAGUAUCAUACUCAACAUGGAUGCAAUUUCAUAUUCCUGUGUGUUGCGUUAUUAAAUUAGUAUUCUGAAAUCAGUCAUUAUGUAAUUUUUUUUUACCUUCAUGCCAAUUAGUUUUAGAGAAAACUGGAAUUUUUUUGACAGAUUUAUAUUGCAAAACAAUGCGGUACUGUAUGGGGUGCUUCCAAGCGUAGAAUAUGAAUAGAGCGGUCGAACUCCAUGCAAAUUUCUCAAGAUAUGUUUUGCAUCUACCUCUGAGCAGUUGCUUGUACAUGUUAUUUUAGUCUCUCGGUUUGAGACUUUUAUUGAAAAUGUUUUAAUCCUGUUGUGAACGUUAUUUGAGUGGGUUCCUGUGUAUUUGUGUUUCUCCUUUGAUAAAAUAUGUCACCCGUUCACCCGGGCCGCUCUGAGGUCAACCAAAGCUGCAAUACACACAUAGUUAAAUAAAAUUGUCUGUCACUGCAUCUGCAAAACAUGUAUAAUUUUUGUUUGUUGAUUUACAGCAAAAGCUUUACUUUGUAAUAGACUAAUGACCAUGAAAUAAAGAUUGUCAUAUUUAUGUUAA